UGGAAGGGAACUGGACUUACUAGUAUGGGACAGGAGAGGGGAGGACGUUGCUGCUGGGAGGUGCAGGUUUCUUGCCCGGGCGUGUUCCUGCCUGGCAAGCAAGAUGUGUACCUCGGGGUCUACCUCCUGAAUCAGUACCUGGAGACAAACUGCUUCCCCCCUGUGUUCCCUAUUACGGUUCAGCAGAGCAUGAGAUUUGAAAAGGUAUUUGAAAAUGCAAUAGAUCCUGGGGCUGUAGCAGAUCUUUUGGAAAGCUUCCUAACCAGGUUUGAGUUAAUACAGCUAGUGUCUCCAGUGUGGGAAAAGUUGGCUUACUAUGAAGAAAACACACGGGAUUUUCUUUUCCCCGAGCCCAGGCUGACAGCUUCGCACCAUGGGAAGUGUAGAGAGGUGCUCAUGAAGACGGCUGUAGGUUUUCCAGGUAUUGCUCCCAAAAUAGAGUUUUCUACAAGGACAGCCAUCAGAGAAUGUGUGCUUCUGCAUAGAAACAGAUUUCUUGGAGAAAGAUAUAAGUCACGAAGGCCUUUAUCUACAUCACAUGGACCAAUAUUCCCCUUAAGUAAUAUAAAGAUGAAGCCAAAGGAGAAUACUCUUGACAGACAGCCCAGAGAAAUGCUAUCCCGGUCACCUUCUCCAUAUUCCACCAGACAUUUCUUCCAGGACCAGCCAGCUCAGUUGAACCUUGGAAAUAAUUUCAAAAUCUCCGGAGGAAGCAAGCCUCCAUUUGUAGUUAGACAUGUGGACAGUGCAAAGCCCUUUGGUGACAGUAUGUCAGAGCAUCAUUCACGGAAGUCCAGAAGAAAAUCUAAGUUUUCAAACCUUCCGUUUCCAAUGAAAAGAGCUUCUUCUCUUGACAGCCUUGCAGCUAACGUAAAGGUUAUCAAAGAGCCAGAUGAACGGAUUGUCUUAAGGAAUGAAUCACCACCACCUUUAGAUUCAAGUAAGUUUGGAAAGCCCUCGCCCAGUGACCAAGGGGAUGCCGAUUUCCACCGGGAAACUUCAUUUGCCACCUCCCAGCAUUCCAGAUCUCCCAGCCCUCUGGAUCAGCCCCCGUUCAAAGAAAGGUUCCAUCCUGGUUUUGAGUCCACAUGGAAGAAGAUCCAUGAAAGGGUAUGCAGUCUUCUGACAUUCCACAGAGCUCAGCAGCAUCCAGACAAGAAAGAUUCUACAUCUGAAUUAAAUUAUAUCCUCCAAAGACCAAGCUACCCUCUGAAGAAAUACCCACUGCAUGAACAGAGAUAUUUUUAAGCUGCUGUCUUAUGGGAAAAUGAAGGAAAGCUGAAGGGAGGAUCAUGAAGAACUCACUCAUUGCGACAACUGACGCAUCCUUAGGGAAAUGAAGAACAGUUUUUGUUGUCUGUAUUGAGUCACUGGUGUCCAAUCCCCUUUAAAUCAAACCCUGUACU